AGGUCAGGCAGGAUCACGGGCCCGGCAGGGAACACGGGUCCGACGAGGAUAUGGAUCUUACGGGAAUCACGGGUCAGACAGGAUAACCGGCCCCACAGGGAGCUCAGGUCCGUCAGGAUCACGGGUCCGGCAGGGAACAUGGGUCCGACAGGAAUCGCGGGUCCGUCAGGGAAUGUGGGUCCGACGGGAACAUGGGUCAACAGGGAGUACCGGUCCGGUGGGAUCACGGGUCCGGCGGGAUCACGGGCCGGCAGGAACAUGGGUCCGGUAGGUUGUCGGGCCGCCAGGGUGUACAGGUCCGUCAGGCUCUCUGGCCCGGCUGGGAACACGGGACGGACGGCAACAUUGGUCCGCCAGGAAACACCUGCCCAGCCGGGAGCUUGGUGUCGGGACCCUGGCACGGAGAUGGCCUCGCCGACCGUGGAGAGCUUCGUGGCGGAGCAGUUGCAGCUGCUGGAGCUCGAGCGGGACGCGGAGGUGGCGGAGCGCAGGUCCUGGCAGGAACACAGCUCUCUGAAGGAACUCCAGAGCCGAGGCGUGUGUUUGUUGAAGCUGCAGGUAUCCAGCCAGCGCACUGGGCUGUAUGGACAGCGGCUGGUCACCUUCGAGCCCAGGAGAUGUGGGUCUGCGGUACUGCCCAGCAACAGCUUCACUUCUGGUGUGUGUGGGGGUGAUAUCGUGGGUCUGUAUGAUGCUGCUAAUGAAGGUGGUCAGCUGGCUACUGGCGUCCUGACCCGCAUCACUCAGAAAUCAGUCACAGUGGCCUUUGAUGAGUCCCAUGAUUUCCAGUUGAGCCUUGACCGGGAGAAUGCCUACAGAUUGCUGAAGCUUGCCAACGACGUCACCUACAAGCGACUGAAAAAAGCUCUGGAGACAGUUAAGAAGCACCGCUGUGGGCCCGCGUCCUCCCUCAUAGACGUCCUCCUGGAUGGCUCCGCCCCCAGUCCUGCCAGCGAACCAUGCUCUAUCACUUUCUACAACUCCGCCCUGGACCCCUCCCAGAAAGAAGCUGUGUCCUUUGCACUGGCUCAGAAAGAGCUUGCCAUCAUCCAUGGGCCUCCCGGCACUGGAAAAACCACAACUGUAGUAGAGAUAAUCCUCCAAGAAGUGAAGCGAGGCUCGAAGGUUCUCUGCUGUGCUCCCUCCAAUACUGCUGUGGACAACCUGGUGGAGCGACUGGCCCGGAGCAAACAGCGGAUUCUGCGCCUAGGGCACCCUGCCCGCCUCCUGGAGUCCGUCCAGCAGUACUCCCUGGACGCUGUGCUAGCACGCAGCGACAAUGCCCAGAUCAUCUCGGACAUCAGAAGGGAUAUCGACCAGGUCUUUGCGAAGAACAAAAAGGCCCAGGAUAAGAGAGAGAAAACUAGUUUUUGGAACGAAAUAAAGCUGCUAAGAAAGGAGCUGAAGGAGAGGGAGGAGGCAGCCAUAGUUCAGAGCCUGGCUACGGCAGACGUGGUCCUGGCCACCAACACAGGUGCGUCUCCUGACGGCCCCUUGAAGCUAUUGCCAGAGAGCCACUUUGACGUGGUGGUGGUGGAUGAGUGCGCCCAAGCCCUGGAGGCCAGCUGCUGGAUCCCACUGCUGAAGGCCCCGAAGUGUGUCCUGGCUGGAGACCACAAGCAGCUGCCACCCACCACCAUCUCUCACAAGGCAGCACUGGCCGGGCUGUCGCGCAGCCUGAUGGAGCGUCUGGCAGAGAAGCAUGGUGCCAGCGUAGUACGGAUGCUGACAGUGCAGUACCGAAUGCAUCAGGCCAUCACACGCUGGGCCUCAGAGGCCAUGUACCACGGGCAGCUGACUGCUCACCCUUCUGUGGCAGGGCACCUUCUCAGGGACCUCCCGGGUGUGUCUGCCACAGAGGAGACAAGCAUCCCGCUGCUGCUAGUGGACACAGCUGGCUGUGGGCUGUUUGAGCUAGAGGAGGAAGACAGCCAGUCCAAAGGAAACCCAGGAGAAGUCCGCCUCGUCACUCUGCACGUCCAGGCUCUGGUGGAUGCUGGCGUUCAAGCAGCUGACAUUGCCGUCAUAGCACCCUACAACCUUCAGGUGGACCUGCUCAGACAGAGCCUCUCACACAAGCACCCCGAGCUCGAGAUUAAGUCUGUCGAUGGCUUCCAGGGCCGAGAGAAGGAGGCCGUGAUCCUGAGCUUUGUGAGGUCCAGCAGGAAAGGUGAAGUUGGUUUUCUGGCUGAGGACCGGCGGAUCAACGUUGCUGUGACUCGAGCUCGGCGCCACGUGGCCAUCAUCUGUGAUUCCCACACGGUCAACAACCACGGCUUUCUGAAGACCCUGGUGGGGUAUUUCACAGAGCACGGGGAGGUGCGCACAGCCUUUGAGUACCUGGACGACAUUGUCCCUGAAAACUAUGGCCACGAGGAUGCCCAGGGCCACGGCCGCACUGCUGCCAAGCCCUGGGGCCCAGCUGCCUCCACCAAGAAGCCUGCCAGGAGGCAGGAGAGGCACCGACAGGCCACAGCAGCUGCAGCUGGUGAGAAGCCCUCGGGCUCUGAGGCCUGCUCCCAGCCCAGCUCCAGUGAAAGUGGCCCCAGAGUGGGAGAGGACAGUGCAGAGCGCCUCAGAGCCACAAUUGCAGAGUUUGUGGCCAGCAAGGAGACACAGUUGGAGUUUCCCACAGCCCUGAACUCCCACGACAGGCUGCGCGUCCACCAGAUAGCUGAGGAGUUUGGGCUGCGGCACAGCAGCACCGGGCAGGGGAAGGCGCGGCGCAUCACCGUGAGCAAGAGGAGUCCCGGGGCCACCGGUGCUGUGGUCCGCCAGCCUCCCUCACCCCUCAGCCCGGCACAGCCCAAGCCACAGGCAGCAGAGCCAGAGCCACAGGCAGAGCUGGAACCACGGGCAGAGCCCCCCCUCGGGGAGCCAAACAGCCAGGUACAGCUGGACCUGAAGGCACUGCACCUGGAGAGGCUGCAGAGACAGCAGGGUGGCCAGGCCCAGCCAGCCAAGGCACAGCCAGGUGUGGGCUCAGGGCUGCAGAAGGUUCUACAAAAGAAGAAGAAAAAAGAAGUGAAGGCCCUGGCUCUGCCUGCAGAGGAGGACUUUGAUGCCCUGGUGUCAGCUGUAGUUAAAGCCAACAACACCUGCAGCCACACCAGGUGUUCUACGAGCAUCGUGACCCUGGGCCAGCUCUGCCAGCUCUGUGGCCACCGCUACUGCCUCAGUCACCACCUGCCUGAGAUCCACGGCUGUGCUGAGAAGGCUCGCGCCCAUGCCCGGCAGAGGAUCAGCCGGGAAGGGGUUCUCUAUGCUGGCAGCGGGGCUAAGGACAGGACCCUGGACCCAGCCAAGAGGGCCCAGCUGCAAAGAAGGCUGGACAGGAAGCUGAGUGAGCUCAGCAGCCAGAGGACGAGCAGGAGGAAGGAGAAGGAGAGGGGGACGUGAGGGCGCUCCCCUGCAGGCCACGCGGGGUGGAGGGCCAGGGGCUGCGCAGGGCAGAGGCCCGGCCCUGGGACGAGCUUGCUUAGACUGAGCAGGUGAGGAUAGUCUUGCAUUGGCUGAGCCUCUGCGUGGCCUGGCGUGGCCCUUCUUGCUCCUUCGGAAAAUUGCCUUGCAGAUCUUAGCAGGGGUUCUGUUGAAAGCCAUGCCUGGCCUUGGACAAGUGGAGUGAGCCCCGCUCCAGCCCACCUGGCCAGGCCCCGGUAAUGCUGCCCCAAGAGUGUCCCACAAGCCAGUGCUUGGUGUGGCCGGCAGGCCGAGGUCAUCUUCCUCCUGUCUUCUCAGCAACCUGGACCCUGCAGAGCAGUGCAUGCGGCUGCAGAGGCCUGCAGAUGGGAGGGUGGCCUCUCUGCUCCUCCACUCACCGUCCCAGGUGUGGCCCCGGGUGACAUGGCUGCUCCCUGGUCGCACCCACGCUGCUCACCCCCACUGUGCAGUGCCCUCUCCAGCUUUCCUUGCUGGCUAUCCUGGGAACCUCAGCAGAUGAGUUUUACCCUCAGGUUCUUGGUUCCAAAGAAUGUGAUUGUUUACAAAUUAAAGUGUGCACCCUGACUGCC